AAGGAAUCGUAUUGUAUGUCUGCUAUCCAGAACCUCCACUCUUCUGACCCCUUUGCUGAUGCAAGUAAGGGUCAUGAUCUUCUUCCCGCUGGCACUGAGGAUUAUAUCCAUAUAAGAAUUCAACAGAGAAACGGCAGGAAGACCCUUACUACCGUCCAAGGGAUCGCUGAUGAUUACGAUAAAAAGAAACUAGUGAAGGCCUUUAAGAAGAAAUUUGCCGGCAAUAGAAGUGUAAUUGAGCAUCCAGAAUAUGGAGAAGUAAUUCAGCUGCAGGGUGACCAGCGAAAGAACAUAUGCCAGUUCCUCGUCGAGACCGGACUGGCUAAGGGCGACCAGCUGAAGGUGCAUGGGUUUUAAGUGCUUGUGGCUCACAGAAGCCUAAGUGAGGAUUUCUUUUGCAAUGAGUAGAAUUUCCCUUCUGUCCCUUGUCACGAGUUUAAAAACCUCACAGCUUGUAUAAUGUAACCAUUUGGGGUCUGCUUUUAACUUGGACUACUCCUUCAUGCAAUAAACUGAAAAGAGCCA